ACUACAGCACAUAGCAACGGUAAUCGACAAACGACACCGCUAACCUGGAUUUGCUCAGUUACAUGUUGUUGACGUACUUAGAAUAUCAGAGUGUCGAGAAACUAUCAUACACAUUAGAUAAGCCAGCUGUCUGCGUCAGGCGGUUUUUAACUGGAGAGAGCGAGUGUUAGCUGGCGUUAGCUAGCCUAAGUUAAGAUAACGAGGUCUACCAAGGAUGUCUUUUCAAGAAUCACCACGUACUGAAGAAGACGAGGCUUUCUACGCACAAUGCCGAGCUGCGUAUCUCGCUAUCCUCAGAUCUAGUUUGACAAAUAUCACUUCGAAGCAGCAACUGUGCCGUGUUCUUCAGCAGGCUGGUAGAAAUCCAUCCCAGGCUACUCUGAAUAAAUACUGGACCCUGAAAACUACAAAACUGAAUUUUGAUGAUUUCUGCGACAUCCUCAAGUGUGAAAAGAAAACGGAGGAAGCUGAUCUCAUGAGAGCGUUUAAAAAGAUGGACAUCAACGAAGACGGCUAUAUUACCCACAGUGAACUGGAGCAGGCCCUUACCACUAGAGGAGAGAAAAUGACCAGUGAAGAGGUGAACGCCAUUUUCUCCUUAGCUGACGUCAACAACGAUGGAAAAUUAGACUAUGCAGAAUUCUGCAGAUUGCUUGUGUCUACAGUAGAACAGUGUCAGGUAGCCGCUAAGGAGAGGCUUGAAGCUGAUGCCAGGCUCAAGAGGCAGAACUUUGGCAGUCAGUCAUACAGCCCUCAAAAGCCUACUGCAACAUCAACCUCAACUGCAACAACUCACACUCAGUCCCCAGAAACAUCGGACGCAAUGGUUAAGAAAGACACUCGGUCAUCCUCGCGGCCCUCCUCUGCUCGCAGCAGGCGGUCGUCCCUGUCGAACUCAGUCACUAUAACAUCCAACAGCAAUAAAGCCAGCAAAGUGUCAGAACCUUCAGGUUUACAGGAGUGGCAUCACAGUUGUAUGAAGGGCUGUUUCUUCUUGGAGGAUGAUGGGAGUAUCAGUUCUCUUCAGUACCAACUUCACGUCCCGCAGACAACAAAGGUCUACCUGACUAUUCAACCAGUCAGCCUCAGUCACAGGCCUGAAAAGCCUUCGUCCUGGAUGACAGUGGACACAGCUUUGUUCAUUGUGUCUGCUGGUGAAACCAAAGAGGACUCGGCUUUAGUGUGUUUCACGGAAUCUAAAGACAAAGAUAGGUAUGUUUGGAAAGGAGAACUGAGUGCAGGAAACUACUACCUGCUUCCUUUCACCAGUGGAUGCAGACUGAAGAAAAGCAAAAAGUGUGUUUCAAAUAAACCUGUUGAGCUUGUGUACAGGACAGACACUGGAGAACUGGAUCUCUCCAGGGAGCUCAGGGAGGUGCUGUCUGACAUCUUUCAGGUGAUAGAUCUAGAUGGAAAUGGCCUGCUCAGCCUGGAGGAGUACAAUUUCUUUGAGCUCAGGACAAGUGGUGAGAAGUGUGACAAGGAUGCCUGGGCUGUCUGCAAAGAAAAUUUUGAUAUGAGAAAGAAUCAGCUAACAAGGCAGGGCUUCAUGGAGCUAAACCUGAUGGAGGCCACAGAGAAAGAUGGAGAACCUGCAGAUCUGUGGGUCACUAUUGAAGCCAUGGGGUACAACCGUAUGCUUGAGAUGGCAGAGGCUUGUCCGUUCCAAAUAGACGUCCACUGUGAAAGCACUCAGGCAUCCAUUCAACCACUCAGUUUGGACACAGGGCCAAAACUUCUGAACCAGGCCCUCCAAAAGUCCAUCACAUCUAAGACAGGGGCCAAGGCACUGAAGGGACAAGACAAUGUUUUCAUCUACACCUACAGGGGAGAGCACAGGAUCUCCUCCCUCAUCGCCAACAAGACCAACCAGAAAGUGACUGUGCACGUUAACAAUGAGCAGAGCAGGAACUGCACCAGCAGCAGAAGCAUGAGUGUGUUUGCAGUAGAGGUCCCAGCCAGGACCAAGAUGGUGUGCCAGCACGUCCUGCCCAUCAGUGAUAAACAGGACUGGACCUACAGCUGUGUGGAGACCGUUAUUCCCUGUAUGUAGACUCCAAGCAGUUUCACACUUUACAUAUUUAGAUUUUCCAACAUCCAGUCCACAAUUGCUAUUACUGCUAUUAUUGUUUUUAUUUUUGAGACUAUGAAUUAUAUAUACAUAUAUAACUUAUGUUCUUGUACUUCUAUGUGUCCCAUCGGGUUGCAUUCAUCAUAAUUGCACUACUUUAUCAUUGUUUGUGGAUAUAAAUAAAACUUUCUAACCAGUA